AUGGAUCGGUGUUUUUUCGCACUGGUUUUAUUUUCUGUCUUCAGUUUAUCCUAUCAGUCAAGUAACAUACCGCCACCGCCAAACUUGGUACUGAACGCCAUAGAUGUUGAAGUGAACGAAGAAGAAAACAGAGAAACCGAUCUGUAUCCAGCAGGGCCGAUAGCAACGUGUUCUGAUGAUGAUAAUGCCAGGGCCUUCAUUCAGUCCGUGACGCCGACGGCUCCAUGCGGCCCCAAAUGCUUUUCUCUCCGACAGUGUGGAGGACCGGCUUCCGGAGGGAAUUCUUCAGGUUACUGCCUAUACUAUGAAGCAGAUCAAGGAGAUUUACGCUACAGCACCACCCCUCAGUAUACCUUAGCCAUUGGUUGUACUGAUGACGUGGAACCCACAACAACGCAAAAUGUCAGGGUGGCCGUUGUUCCAAACACACCCCCGUCAUUAGUUUCCCCUACAACUACGAAUGUUGCUAAAACUCAGAGUGGAAUCACCACAGCGCCCGGUGAUUUGAUUUAUCAAGUGGAGACAGAGGACAUUGAUGGCGAUCCAGUUUUUUUCACCAUGAGUACUAAUCCAGAUACAGAUUUCAUAUCCAUUGGAUACACUGAUGGAAAGAUCCGAGCGACCAAUGACCUGAAGUUCUUGUGCCAGGACUCACUGCGAGCAACUGUGACGGCCAAAGAUCCAUACAAUCCUCCAAUUGGACCAGUGACUUUGUAUCUGACUAUAGAUCCGUCCAACAAAGCCCCAUACAUAACCAACCUGGACACGACGGUCAGCGUUAAUGAGAAUGUUGGGCCGGACUCCACUGUGCUGACCCUCAACGUCAUUGACCCCAACGUAUUUCCCCAGCUGAACUUUCACAUGUGGUCAGCCUCAUCGACCGGCAUGGAGCAGUACAAGCUGGAGACCACACCUACAGGUGCCAUUCUGAAGACGAGGAUAAAUCCAGAUUACGAGAGACCAGAAACUGACACGGUGACCCUCUAUGUUGACGUGAACGAUGGCUACUGUAAGGCCAACAAGACUUAUUCUCUCACUGUUAAAAUCGUAGACAUCAAUGAACCGCCACAGCACGUCCCAGACAACAUACAGAACAUCGAGGUCAAUGAAGGACCGGUCAACAUACGCUCUGGCUUGUACGUCAACGACCCAGAUCUCAACGAGAUUCACACCUUCUCUAAGGCAGCAGGAUCGUCGAAUCUGUUUGGUGUUGACCCUAAGACUGGAGACAUUUACUCACUUUCUGAUAUUGACAUCGAUACGAACACGCGAUACAAGGAGUACACCGUCAUUACAAACGUCACAGAUAAGGGCGGUCUGACGUCACUCGCCACUAAUAAAAUUACGGUGUACGACAUCAACGACCAGAUCCCCUACUUCCUACCCAACGCGUACACUUUCUCCGCCACUGAGUGCACUGUCACGGGUGAUGAUGACGAUUCCGACUACAAAAACAACGACAAGAUUUACUUCGGUGGUGGAGGAGGUAAAAUGACUGUGAUGUCCAAAGGCUCGGUGGUUCUGAACAGACCCUGCAUCAAUGGUGAAUCCUUCACGGGUUCUGCCACAAUCGCCGAUGAAGGAAUAUAUCCAGGACCUCUGCAAGGAACGCCAGCUACCAUUAGCAUGACGUGUGGGCCAUGCCCAACAACUCCUCUAACCACCACACGAGACCCAUCAGCGCCAACUCAAGCAGCGACAAUCCCGUCUACAAAAGCAGCAACAGCAACAACCCCAGCAGCUGGCGCUGCUGUUGUUGGAUCCACAGACGACAAGAGCACCAUGGACUUGCUGUCCUGGCUCCUCCCCACAAUUUUUGGCAGCCUGGCUUGGCUUGGCCUGAGCGGCUUUCUCAUCUAUAGAUAUUGCUGUCCUUGCAGAAAUCCCUUUGCUAGCUGGUGCAGGCGCAG